GCAGCCAAUCAGAUGUAGUGUGAAAUUGUAAAUAAAAAAUGGCGACAAAGAGAGCCAUUUGUUUAGCAAAAGAUGUAAAUAAAUUGCAAAUAGUUAUCAAUAAAUCACCAUUGUCAAUAGUAUGUCGUGAUUAUUCCUCUAAUAAACCAGAAGAUGUGGAAACUCACACAGGACAGAAAUUCGAUGCUAACGACUAUCGAAUGGUGAGAUUCACUGGAUUGGAAGGAAAAGAAGUGAAUAAAAAUUGGGCAAUAAAAUUAAUCGAAAAAGUUCCACCGAUGGCUACAGAAGAUCGUAUUGUUGCCUGUGAUGGAGGUGGUGGUCCAUUAGGACAUCCUAAAGUUUACAUAAACUUGGAUAAACCCGGAAAUCACAGUUGCGGUUAUUGUGGACUUCGAUUUUAUAAAGAUGAUCAUCAUCAUUGAUCAUCGUUAUCAAUGCUAGUUUUCUGUGUAUAAUAUAUUUAAUUAAUUCAAAGAAAAUGUAUAAUCAAUAAAUUAAAUAAAUUAGAUAUUUCAAGUUCA